AAAGAAACCACUAGACUCUCUCAUACUCCCCCUUCUCUCUUCCUUUACUAACCAAGCUUCCUAAUUCAGAGACUCCACCUAUAACUUUCUCCUCAUUCUCCAUGGCACCAACACGCUCAGAGCCGUUACAGUUCUAUUUCUGCAUGGCCACGAUCAUCAUGGUGGCCACCAUUGUUGAAGCUCAAGAAAACAUCAACUGGUGCGUUGCCAGAAGUGAUGCGAGCAACCAGAUGCUGCAAACGGCUCUGGACUUCGCUUGCGGUGCUGGUGCAGACUGCAAUCCCAUUCUGCCCAAUGGCCUCUGCUACCUUCCCAACACCAUCCAGGCUCACGCUUCUUACGCCUUCAAUAGUUACUUUCAGAGAAAGGGCAUGGCGCCCGGCUCCUGUGACUUUAAUGGCACUGCCACCGUUGCUAUAACUGAUCCCAGUUACGGAUCUUGUGUUUAUCCAUCUUCAAUAAGCACUGCCGGAGGAAACCCUUCGCAAGGAUCAACACCAACAACAACCACCACAAACAACCCUAACAUGCCAAAAACGACGCCAACUACAAUGCCUCUAGAUAACAACGUUGGUAAUGGAGUGAAUUCGGGGUUUAGCCCUCCAAUACCAACUACAGAUAACUCCAAAGCGGCUGCAAAAUUAAUAGCGAUUACAAUAUUAAUGCCUGUCUUCUUGUGGACUGUUGUCUCAUCGACACUGCCAAACAUAAGCCAGAGGUAG